UUCACACAAUGUAAAACAUGGUAAGAUGAUAUAAUAUUCAAGGUACAAUGGUGGCCAUAGUCACGUUCUAUCAAGCUCUGACAUGAAUGUUUUAGUGUAAAUAUAAUAUCGAUCAGAAUGGUAUUCAACCAUUCACUGAUGGCAACUUGCCAACCUAUUACUUCACGAUGGAAACAAACUUAAAUGGUUAAAGAACUUUGAUUCUCAGGAAUUUCAUUGAAAUCGUUGGUCACUUGGUCUAACCGGUAAGGUCUGUCAGGAGGACAAAAAAGAUCACUUGUGAUGCCGUGGUGGUUACGUGGUUCAAGGCAAGCAAAAUUCGUUUCUGUUUAAAUGAGAUGACUGAUGGGAAUCUUCCCCAUCGUAUGAAUUAUUCUGUGAUCGACCGUCUCCGUCUGCUUCUGCUUUUUGUUCUUAAUUCGGUCAGUCAACUAAGCAACUACAUCCCACGACCUGAAUUUACCGGAAUCAUUCAGAAGAUUCGAGAAAGUAUCGCCGAAGUUCGUUCAAGCUUAGCUGAAAAAUGUCUCACCAUGGUGGAAAAAUUAACUGGAUUGCAGAGAAGAGUUGAACGUUUGGAAGCCAAUGUUGGUGGUGAUGCCAGGGAGAGAGAUGAACUCGUGAAGCAAGAUGGGAAACUCACCGAUGAAAUCAACGCUUUACGCGAACGCAAUGUAAUCCUAGAGCAAGCGUUAAGAGAAAAACAUUUGCAAUUGGAACGGAUGCGAAGCAGGGUGGAUCAGGCGGGCGAGGCUCUUUCUCUUAGUUCGAUGAGGAUUGCCGACUUGGAGUCACACGAAAGUGGUCGUGGUAGUCCACCAGUGAACCACGAUUGCAACGGCACCUUGCUGUGGAAGAUUGAGGAUUACCAGAAGAAACGACAAGACGCCAUAAAUGGGGUAAAAACAUCCUUGUACAGUCAACCCUUCUACAGCGGUCAGUAUGGUUAUAAGAUGUGUGCUAAAAUCUACAUGAAUGGCGAUGGAUCUGGAAAAGGAUCUCACUUAUCCUUGUUUUUUGUUGUUAUGAGAGGGGAAUACGAUGCUCUUCAAACCUGGCCAUUUCGACAUGAAAUCACCAUGAUGCUGUUGGAUCAAGGUAAUGGUGAUCACAUGGUCGAUUCAUUUAAUACAGAUCCACAAAAUCCAUCUUUCCAACGGCCACAGUCUGAUAUGAAUAUUGCAACAGGACGUCCUCGAUUCAUGCCACUUGAGAGUCUGAAUGACCGUCAAUAUGUCAAGGACGACGUGAUCUUCAUUCAAGUUAUCGUUGGCCCAUGUUCGAAUACUGGUGUUCUAAGUCAAGGUUAUUCCAAAGCACCAGGUUUGUAAGGUUAGCUAACGUCUUCACACCAUUGGCACCAAACACCUUAUUUCAUAUCUUGCUAGCCUAGCUGCGAUGCAGACGCUUCAAAUUACAAAGAAACAUA